GUCAAACCCCUUCUUAACCUUUCUCAGACGUGCUUCCUCUCGGCGAUCUUGCAAGCUCUACUGCACAACCCACUUUGGAAGCAGUACUACCUUUCUUCGGGUCACGAUCGUAAACAGUGCGCACUGCGUCGAGCCAAAAAGCUCGUACACGGAAACAACAAGUAUCAGCCUACAGAAAGUAUCGCUGAAGGUUCGGGACUGGGAGCAGAGGAGAAUGGUCCCGGUGGACUCAUCGGAGUCAAACUGAGCGACCUUGGAUUGGGGCUGGGGGAGUGCAUGAAUUGCGAGAUGGACGGGGCUUUCGCCGAGGCAUACGGAGGUGACUCAACUCCCUUUGGGCCAAUAACUAUGCUCUUUGCCAUGUGGAAAGCGAAUACUGAGCUGGCUGGAUAUGCGCAACAAGACGCCCAUGCCUUUUUCCUGGCUGCACUUAACCAGAUCCACAUGCAUGAUCCGGACUGCGUAGAAUCACCAAAGAAUUGCGCCUGUAUCGCACAUCGCACUUUCGGCGGUUCUCUAUUAUCGACUGUGACAUGUUCACGCUGCGGCAGCAUGACAGAGACGGAAGACCCGAUCCUGGACCUGAGCCUCGAGCUCAAGAAAGGCGCUCCUGCAAUGGAUCGCCUUACUGCUGUCGAGCGUUGUUCCCCGAGCGCUAGCCUGAACCUGGCGGACUGCCUCAGAACUUUCACCUCAAAAGAGUCGUUGAAAGACGACGUAUAUGCCUGUGAAAAGUGUAAAGCUGAAGGUAGACGUGCAGACGUCUCGAAACAGCUUUCAUUCAAGACUCUGCCUGCGACGCUGGCAAUCCAACUUAAACGGUUCGAGCACGCCAAUAGUAAUCUCGUCAAGGUGGAUACGUUGGUCAAUUUUCCGACUGAGCUCGAUAUGAGACCAUACAUGACGGAUCAGCUCAGAGGCGACACCUUCGAUAUGCCCUUGGAGAUGUUCCAUUAUCGAUUGACUUCUGUGGUGACACACGAAGGUAAACUAGACAAUGGCCACUAUUGGGCAUGUGUCAACUCUGGACAUGCAUGGUUCCUUAUGGAUGAUGAGAAAGUUACACCAAUCGCCCUAUCCAGAGUACUGGCCCAAAAGGCAUACAUGCUAUUUUACGCUAAGAGUUCCCUAACUUUUGCUUAG